GAACUGCUCGAGCUGAACGUGUUAAAUGGCUGUGCGUCGGCCAUGAUGGCUUUGAGCAGGGACCGUGUCACGCAAACAUGUUUUCAAAGUGAUAUAUCUCGUUUGGUGACUGAGUGACCGUGUUCCAGCGCGAUGGCCGGAGAACGAUGAGGCCCUGACCGCUCUCUGUGCCGGGUAUUACGGGCGCAGGGCCCCCAGCCAGGCCCAGUCAGGUUCACGUUCCGCAAACCCGAGGCCCGAGCCGACCCGACUGGCCUCACGGUUCGACACCAGCCAACUCGGUUGUCAACACGCGAGCCAGCCGCCUCAGGAUGAGCAAGCUGUCGUUCAGGGCCCGUGCCCUGGACGCUUCCAAGCCCAUGCCGAUUUACAUGGCCGAGGAACUGCCGGAUCUGCCAGAUUACUCGGCCAUUAACCGUGCUGUGCCCCAAAUGCCCAGCGGCAUGGAAAAGGAGGAGGAAUGUGAACAUCACUUGCAAAGAGCAAUAUGUACGGGUCUGAUCAUUCCUACCCCCGAAGUAACCGACUUGGCAGACGCGGAAGCUUACGAUAAGAUAUAUCCAGCCGAUUACAAGCUUCCUCGUCAACUUAUACAUAUGCAGCCUUUCGCAAUGGAACAAGAUAUUCCAGAUUAUGAUAUGGAUUCGGAAGAUGAAAAGUGGGUUGCAGUACAAAGCCGUAAAAUGGACUUGACCCCGCUUCAAUUCGAGGAAAUGAUGGAUCGUUUGGAGAAAAGUUCGGGACAAACUGUAGUCACGCUUAACGAAGCUAAAGCACUUUUGAAAGAAGACGACGAUUUAAUUAUUGCUGUUUUUGAUUACUGGCUGAAUAAACGUCUCAAGACUCAACACCCGCUUCUAUUAACAGUGAAAACGGAGCAUCGUUUCGGUUCAGCUGCCAAUAACCCUUAUUUAGCGUUUAGACGUAGAACGGAAAAAAUGCAAACACGUAAAAAUCGUAAGAACGACGAAACUAGUUAUGAAAAAAUGCUGAAACUUCGUAGGGAUCUUAGUAGAGCAGUUACUCUUCUUGAAAUGGUUAAACGAAGAGAGAAAACCAAGCGAGAACACUUACAUCUUACUAUAGAAGUCUACGAGAAAAGAUAUCAGGCACAAGACUUCAAUGGACAAAUCUUAGCCGAAGUAUCGGCGCUGAAAACACCGAGGCCAGCUUUUGCUCCGCUGUUUACAAAUCAGUUUGGUGUUCAUCAAAAUUGGGCGAAUAAAGUUUGUAGUAAAGACGAAGUAGUACCCAGGAAAGAAAAAAGACAGUACAAGAAAAGAAAACAUAAAACUGACAGCAGAGGUGGAAGUUUAGACGAUAACGGCGUACGCGGCGGAACAGGUAGCGGAGGUGGUCGAGGAAGUCGGCCUGGUGUUCUCGGAGGUGGGCUGGACCCACUGAUGAGCUCAGACGAAGACAGUCCGCUUCCAUCUCAUUCACAUUCUCAGCCCUCUGUUCCCUCGGAUCGUGACGACGAAGACACCGCUGACGAGGGUCAAUUCGCGUUCCGACGGAAUAGAAAUAGCACUUAUUUACCACCUGUAUCAGGUGGGUUUGGAAAUUGGCCUUGGUGUGAUAAAAACGAUGGAGGCUUGGCUGAUAAGAAGUAUAGGUUUGCACUGACCAGUAUCAGCAAACCAGUGCCGAGGUGUAUUGGUUUUGCGCGACGACGAAUUGGUCGGGGUGGAAGAGUAAUAUUGGAUCGUUGUUCAACCGAUAUGGAUGAUAUGUGGUCGUCUUUAGACUUCACGAUACACCAACCAAAACGAGAACCAAUGGACUCCGAUACAACUGCCACAACAACUCCAGUUAAGAAAGAGUGGUUACAUUACCGACCAAAGACUCCACCUGUCUCAGUGCAUAGUCCAAGCGAAGAAAGUAGCGAUACGGACUCGGACGUAGAGCCAACCGUAUCCCAAACGAAACCGCUUCCGUACCCGUUCCCACCCGACGCUACAUCCAUCUGCGUGGAAGUAGAGCCUGAACGUGCGGGAGACGAACCACCUUUCACGUCUGAAUUUAAUAUCGCUGAUUAUUUCUCGGUGGACGCUGUGUCGGACUUCGACCUUGCCGUAGCAAAUAUCACCGGUAGUGCGUGUGUUAGUGAACUGUCUGACAAUAACUCUAGCGAUUCGCGGACAGACGAGCUGGGCAGUUCACAUUUCGUUGUGACUCCGCUACUUAGCAGUCUUUUUGCACAGCCUGUGACACAGCAGGGUCGGCCUCAGUGCAGUGGUAGUGGUUCUAGUGUUGUAAAUACUUGUACAAGUUCUACAGUCCCGUCGUCUUUCUCGUGUACGACCAAUCAAGCGACAACAUCGAGUACAGUGUCCACGCAAUGCGCGAACGCCGCUUCCGAGACACAAUCGAACCACCAGUCUAAACAACUGCAACACAGACAAUUGCCAAACAAUAGCAGUACCGCUUCCAUUCUGUCAAAGUCCUUGACUAGUCCAACAAAUAAUAGGAAUGGCGGCAACUGUGGCAGUGGUAGUGCUGGAAUUAGAGUGUUUAGUGCAUGUACCACGACCAGUGGAACGAUAACAAACUUUGGUAACGGCCACCAAAACGGCCCGUUACCGCAUAUAAACAACUCUAACAAUAUUUCGAAUAGCACUCAUAUGGUGAAUAAUCAGUCGACGAUAGUUCUGCCGCAAAAACAUCCGCCGUCCAAUCUGUUACCUGGCUUGAUCGCGCAGAGCAAAUUGGCCAGUCUCGCGAGGCAACAACAACAAACGCAAAGUCAGGCGCAACAAAUCCCAACGUCCGGGGAAAUUACGCUUAAUAGUAAUAGUGAAAGUUUGGAUAUGGAGGUGGAUGGUGUGGAAAGUGCAGCUUGCGACGGUAAACCGCAGCAGCAGCAACUUGUACGGGCAAACAAAACAAAUUCAUUAGCAAUGGAAGUGACAUGAUGCCUGCUAUCGGCACCCCUGUUGCCGCCAAUACGUCAGUGGGGGCUUCGCUAACUUUACCUUGCCUAUGUCUGCCUGACUUUGGGUACUGGACAUGUACUACGUGCUCGUUAAUACGAAAUGCGGUACGGCUAGAUUCAAUUGCAGAAAUGCUCUGAUCAGUUGCCUGUUAUGGCGCGAUGACGACGAAAUUGUAUCGAUUCCACUGCAAGUAUCGAGUUAUUUUUGAUCGCAAAAGGAUCGUGCUCCGAUUCAUUUUUCUAUGUCGAUUGUUUCCUUGCUCAUUGAACGACCGCAAUUACUCAAUGCAAUCACAGUGUUUCGCUGAACUUUUAGGGGGGGGGGGGGGAAAGUUUAUUUUUUUAAAUACAUUACAUUAGCGCUAAUUUCUGGCUAAUAUUAUUUUUCAUUUCUUUCUUGAUACAAAUUAUUCUUUCAGAAAAAUGUAAAAGUUUAAUGCCGAAAUAAUAUUGCUUGCGUAUUCUCUGUUUCUUUGAAAGAAUGAUUAUGUUCGACGCAAGGGAACUUUUACGUUUAGCAAAAUUAUACUCUGAUGCUGAGAUGCUGAACAAAAUUGACAGAACUCCGUUGUCGCUUUUGUUUUUUUUAUUUGUACACAAGUAAUAUUGCUGGAAAAUCUAGGAUGCGGUUGUUGCAAUCGUAUUACAAGCUUUCUCAGACACAGCAUUAAUUGUUUUAUAUUAUAAAAUAUUGCACGGAAGUUUAUGCUCGACUAUUCCUCUUCUUUUAAAUUUCUGAACAUUUCGUAUAUCAUUUGGCAAUUAUAUUUAUAAGACAGAUCUCCAAAUAUGUAAUAAUAAAUACAUAUUAACGUUCUGUAUAAGAUUAAUUUUAAAUUACAUUCUUUUUUGCAAUACAAUGCCGACAUUUUUAACGAUGAUAUUUCUAUGCGUGCAUUUAUGAUUAUAAAUUUUAUUUGAAAUCAGAAAUGGAGCUGCUUCCUAUGAAAACUGUAUAGUAAAUAUUUUAUAAAUAUCAUUAACGAAUACAACAUUACCCAUUUCAGUAAAUUCAGAGUAGAAUGAUUUGACUUACUGUGGGCUUGUACGAUUAUUUCAUUACUGUACAUAGAUGCGAUUUAAAUACAAUAAGACAUUCGAUUUAUUUCUUUACAAAGAAAUAAUACGUUAAAGGCUUUCAGGCUGUGAAAUAAAGGAACCAUUGUUAUCAAUAAUUGUCCUUGGAUUAGCGUUAAAGUUACUCGAACGGUACAGAAAGUUUUUAUUAUUUCAUCAAUUGUUAAGCCAUGCAUUUUUGUGCUGUUAAAAUGUAACGAAUCGCUCUUUGUAUGCAGUUGUAGCAUAUAAAUUUAGAUCCUAAUGUUGCGUUUGGGAAGCUUGUAUCGUAAAAAUCCAUAUUACAACGCGAUGAGUUCAUAACAACUGUAUCAGGAUUUGUAAUGUUUAUAUGGAACAUCUAAGAAUUUUUAUAUCGUUCACUAUAACAAUUGUAAAUUACGAAAGUCAAAAUAAUCUUCGCUGAAUUUAUUUGCAAUACAAAUUAUGAAAAAAAAUCAAUCGUUUCCUCGUAAAUAUUCGAAUCGAUUUUAAAGCAGUCUUGAAAAGAAUGUUUUGUUGAAUUUUUGAAAUAUUCUGCAACAAGGUUUCAAUGAUAUCACUAUAGGGAAAGGGCUUAUUUUAAAUACUUUAAUCAUACCAGCAGAAUUCGUUACAAAACAUGAGCAAAUUAUAUAAAAGUUAGACCAAUAGCUAAGUCUAUGUUUAAGCUUCGAGUAAACAACUAUUAAGUCCCUGCUUAGAACAAACAUAUAAUAUCCCAUCGAAAAAUGAUAUUGCCAUAAAAAUAAGACCCAAUCUGUUGUUCAUGUAUCUAUGAUUUAUUGUAGCCAAAUAGAUUUUAAAGUCUACUUGUGCAGUUAUAUGAAAAAUUGACAUUAAGGUGGUUUGAUUUUGCUGAUAAAAUUUGUUUACUCUAGAGAAAAGGAACUGUGCUCAUUUUUGCGCGCGUUAUUCUCUUCCUCUUAGUCUUUCUAUAAUAUUGUCUCCCUUCCCAUAUAAUAAUUGAGAUAUAACAUUAAAACAUAGGAAGCAAACAGAAAUUAAAUUUGCAAAAGGUAUUGACAAUAUUCGACAUACAUUUUCAUUAAAAAAAAAAAAGAAGAAGAAGAAGAAGAAGAUGUAAACACAGAAAAAACAAUUGUAAAUUUUCGUUUAAACGAAUUUUUCUUUGGCACAAAUCGUACGUUUCGUAUUUCUGUAUGACUUAUAAAAGCGAUCUAUGUAAAAGCAAAUAGUAAUAGUUAUCGAAGGUAAACUAUCAAAUUUACGAUUUUGGAACUGAUGAAAUUCAAGUAUAUCCGUCACAUAAUUUGUAUUGUCAUUUAAAGAAAGAUUUCGUUACGCAUCUGUUGUAAUUUGAAAUUCGUAGGCACUGAUCAAGAUCGAUACGUUAGCCAUUCUGACUGAGGAUUUUUCUGUUAAUCCUAUUAUAAAUGGCCAUGAUAAAGAGUUUUCAGAUAGUCGUUGAUUUUCCGGGGCUUGAAGCACAGAGAUUUCUUUCAAGCAUGCAAUAAGAAAAUUCUUUCGCGAGCCGUAACGCGAGAUCAAGAGAGAAAUAAAAAUAUAAUGGUGCAAACGUUGCAAAUUCUAGAAAGACUUCAUGAAAUCAUAAUAAGAAACAAACAAAAAAAGAUAUAUUGUACAUAUAAAAAUAAUUACGCUUAUUGUAUCUCUUACUUUUAGGUAAUUAACUGAAAAAAUAACUGUAAUUAAUGUUGUUGUGGUAGGCGCACAGCGAUGUGUACGAAAAAUUUAUGAAUUCGGGACAAUUUUAGAGGAGGAGUAAUAAAGAAAUUUUAUCCUGGAUAGGACUUAUUAUUUUGUUAAGAACUUCACUCGCCUGUAUAUUAUAUAACAUUUUGUGAAAUCUAAUUUCUGUCACAUUUGUACAUAUUUUAGAUAUUUCAUUAUUUCUCUCGUUUUUCUCAAAUUCACUGUUGAGCGUGAAGUAUUUUGUACAUCUUUUAAUUGUAUUCGCAAACUUGUAUAAUUAAUUGUAUCAUUUGUUUCUCUUUUCUUUUUCUUUUUUUUUUUAUCAUCAUUUAGUGGGUAAUAUUUACAUUACAUUUUUCCUUUGUAAAAUUCGUUUACCGAGUCAAGGAGAGAAUCUUCUGCUACGUAUGAUUUUGAGAAACACGAGCGACACUGUGCGGAAAACAAUUUCCAAAAAUGUACUUGUAAAAAUCAUUUGUUUAUUUUAGUUGGAACGCUUUAAACGAAAUAUAGUGGUACAUGGAUUUUUAUAUAAAAUUUAUUAAUGUUAAAAAUAUUGACCCAAUAGCCACUUUACAAAUAAAACGUCGGAAAUCUUCAAGGUUUGAUCGCUCCAACCAAAGACUGAGUUCGCUUCACAUUUUCUGAUUUGGCAAACACGAAAUUCCACUGACAUUUGGCCGAUAUAUGUAUAUGUAUAUCUAUGAUAUACUACAUUAUAAUUUUAAACUUAAUUACGAACGAGCUAAUAGAAGUCAGAUUAUUAUUUAACGAUAUUCAGAAACUGUCUUGUAUUUAUGGAAAUUUUUAAUAAUUUAUGUAAUAAAUUGAUGAAAACUAAAGAGAAAAUAGUAUACAAUUCGGCCGAAUUGAAUCGUGAGACUUCGUGUUUACCUAAUUUGUUGCAUUCGCGGAAAACAAUACUGUAUCAUGUAAGUAGAAAUAAGCCGGAUCAAUGCAACUGUUUAGAGCGAUCGAACAAUACCUAUUAUAUCGUUUCGUGUGGAAAAAAAAAUUAUUCAGAAAAAAGAAUGAGCUUACAGAUAUAAUGUUUAAACGUGAAGCUCUUAAAAAGUUCUGAGUGUUAACAAAAAACUUUUACGAUAAUAUCGACAAGUGUCGAGAAUGCGGUGUAUCUAUUAUACGUGUAUUUUAUUCUGUGAAUACAGUAGAACUUCUGUGUCGCUGUGCGACAGGAAGAUUUAAUUGGAAAAACGCUCCAACCAAAGCUCUGAUUCGAAUGAAAGUUUGGCGAGAGUAAUAGAGAAUUUUUCUCAAGAAUUGUAUAAUCGGAGAACGCAAGGGGGAAGAUAUCAAGUUCUAUGUAUGUAGAAUGUUUGAUCUAGACAACCUUUUGAUUUGUUCUUCGAUCCAAACAUCAUCUACUCUCUCGUCCCCUGAUAACACCUUUCGCUAAAUGCAUGUAUCAAAUUUAAUUUGGUCUAAAUAAAAUAUUAUCAGAUAUACAUUAAAACGUGAAUUAUAUUUAUUGUUUAUAAACCGUAAAAAAUCUGAUAAAUAAAUUACAUUCCUAAAUCUGUUUGCUUUUUCUGACUUGCGCUUGUAAAUUUCUAGUAUGCGCUUUUUAUAAUUAAGGAACGCCAAGCCUGAACUUCUUAGCAACCGCGAGAACACUUUAAACGCGAUUGAAAGUGCUUAAUUACGUUUAUUUACACAUCCAUACAGAUAGAGAAGUAGAGAUGUUAUCAGGUAGAUGAGUUACGUUUCCUACAAAUUACGUAUAGAGAUCUAAACUCAACUAUUGUUUAGUAUUAAUAUCCGUAAUUAAUGUGAUUAACAUUUGAAUCUCUUAGAUAAUGUAACUAAUUGAAUGUAUAUAUGUCAAUCUACGGGUUGCACUUUGACUAUUAAAUGUAAUCUAAUUAUGUAACUCUGACAAAGUGACAGAACUAUAAACAAUCCGAUUAUUGUACAUAUAUAUACAUAUAUGAGACAAAAAAAUGAUAGAUUGUCAGGGCAAUACAUAUUAUGCGAUAUACAUACAUAUUCUCUGCGUAAUUUAUGUUAACAGGUCAUAAUUUACCUUUGUCUAUUUCAUUUGCCCGUUCUACUUGUACUAGAUUGUACAGAGGUGUUCAAAGUACUAGACUCUAUGCAAUACUUUAGCGUUUUUAUUAGUUCGCUGCAGAAUCAUGAGGAAAUUAUGGUUGAAGGUAUCAUUCUUGUUUAUUAAAUACGCGAUUUAAAAGUUUCGCGACAUUAGAUUUAAUUGGAGAUGUUUUUUCUUGUUGAAUUGUUUUAUGAGUCAAUUAUCAAAUUUUAUCUUUAAUAUCUCAAGUGUUUAUUUAUUGCAUGUUCCUUGUUAUCGAAAAUUAGGGUGAUAUUUACCGUGUAUUUUCGUUUUAAUUAAAUCGUUUGUCGAUCGUUUAUCGAUCAUUUUUGCUAUGUAAAAUUGCGGUUAUGGGAAAAGCAAGAUUCAUCGCGUAAAAAAAGUAACCGUAAUAGGAUGUCUUUUUAUAGAAUUUUUAAAUACGCGUUAUUUAAAAAAAAAAUCUCUUGUUGCUUAUUUAUUUUGAGCCUAAUAAUUUGCAUACCUCUGUAUAGCAAAAGAAAAAAAUAUACAGGUUUUUUUGUGCAAAAUGGAAACAUCUGUCUCAAAAAAGAUGGUUCGUAAUUCAUUUAGAACAUACUGUUAACAAGAAACAUUCGCAAUGGACAUAGACUGGAUAAACAAAAAUUUAAGAGGGCAGAUAUUUCUGCUGAAAAUAAAUUCUGAUUACAUCGCGUAAAAAUAGAUUUCUUUUGGGAUAUCCUACCUAGCGAAAUUACAAACUAAAUUUACACAAGAAUGGUUCGCGCGUUAAAUAAUUUAAAUAACGCAUUCAAAUAAAUCACAUUUCUUUACAUAUUAUUUAGUCUGCUGCUCACGCAUUUAGUUUAGACGAACCGAAAAGAAAAGUUAUGUACAAUCGUGUUUUCCUACAUUUUUUUUCUGCGUAAAUACGGUAUAUUCGUAUGUACCAUCGCAUGCAAAGUUCCUUAAAUAAUUUUCAUUUUCGAACAAAUAUAUCGUCAAGCUUUCGGAGUA